AUGCCAAUUGAUGACAGUAUACCUACAAACGACACAUGUCAAUUUAUUUCACGCAACAAUACCCAGUGUUCAGUAUUUGUGGAAAUUGAUCACAUAGAACGUGUUGCUACAGGUCGUUUUGGCGUGGAAACAUGCAAUAAUAUUCCUGUACGUCGUUUAGAAACUAUAAUUAAAUUAGACUAUUCAUUAUUGUCAAUUAUACGGUAUACUUGUAAGGAAAAUUAUUGUGAUGUCAACUUUCUUGAUCACCUAUUAGAUCGUGCUCGUCUUAUACCUACAAUGAGUAGAAUCAUAAUUGAAGAAAAUACAACUGAAAUUUAUAACGCGCAACCUGGCACUACUUCUAUCGAUUGCAGUAGUAAUAGUAAUAGUUUCUGUCGUGAUCUUUGUCAAGGAAAAUUCGCAGUCGAAGAUAUUUCGGGUGAUAUUUCCAUUAACCUGAAUGGAAACAUAACAUGUCAUGAUCGCUCAAGAGAUGAUUAUUUAUUUAAUAUUACCCAAAACUAUUCCUCUAGCGACACUGUGCCGACUGAAAUGAUUUUUCGAUGUAAUCGUGACUCUUGCAUUAAUUCGACUAUUGUCGAACAAAUUUAUAAUUUCCUCAAGCCUAAUUUCAUCAAUGAAACAUUUGAUUCUUUUCUUCCUGAUAGUGAUGAACCAUGCAUGCCAAUAAUCUCAACUGCUACUUCAUUUUUAUUUGUGUCUCAUGGAUUCAUCAAGUUGGCAACUAUAUUUCUUUUAUUUUAUUAA